CUAUGGGAGGUCCUUGACGUCAUCCUGCUGCGACGGUGUGUCGGCUUCAAACAUGGCUUCCAGAUUGGAAAUAAAUUUUAUCAGACUAUUGUCUCGCUGUGAAUCUAUCGCUUCGGAGAAACGAGGGGAGACGGAGUGGAGGUUAGAGAAGUAUGUCGGUGCCCUGGAGGAGAUGUUGGUGGCUCUCAGGAAAAACCCAAGCAAACCCACACCAGAAGUUCUGACUGAAUACACAAGAAAAGUAGAUUUUCUGAAAGGACUCCUAGAGGCAGAGAAACUGUCUUCACCAACAGAAAAAGCUUUAGCCAAUCAGUUCCUCGCCCCUGGGCGAACACCCACAAUAGCCAAUGAGAGGAUGCCUGCCACUAAAACUGUUCACAUGCAGACGAAGGCCCGGUGUACAGGAGAGAUGAGGAACGAGCUGCUUGGCACGAUUUUGUCAGGCAAAGGCACAUCAGAGACAGACUUGCGAAACAGAAGGGGUCUUCCUCUAGACGAGCGUCAGUCCGCCGCGGAGCUGGACGCCGUCCUGCAGCAUCACCACAACCUGCAGGAGAAACUGGCUGAGGACAUGCUCAACCUGGCCCGAAAUCUGAAGAACAACACUAUGGCAGCUCAGAACAUCAUCAAACAGGACAACCAGACCCUGAGCCAGUCCAUGCGCCAGGCUGACCUGAAUUUUGAGAAGCUGAAGACCGAGUCGGAGCGACUAGAGCAGCACACCAAGAAGUCUGUGAACUGGCUGCUGUGGCUGAUGCUCAUCCUGGUCUCCUUCACCUUCAUCAGCAUGAUCCUCUUCAUCAGAAUCUUCCCCCGACUCAGAUGAUGACCGUGCACGGUCCCCGAACUCUUUAGUCCCACAUCCUCCCGUGUUUACAAGAGCAGUAGCUACAUAGGCCUCCAUAGAUCUACACAGCAUGUCUGUACGUGUGAUACAGAUCAGUAGUGGUCAGAACCAAAACAACUCAGUCUAGCAGGCUGAGCAAGUUUGCACUUUUGAAGCUGAAAUUUCUUCCUCUGAACGGGGCUCUGAUGAAAGAGCGGUGAAAAAAAUGCAGAAAAGUUGUUUUGAAGCAUCAGUAUUCAUCUUUUUUAGAAACAGGACAGAACACGAAUCGAGGUAGAGAGCUACGCCGAGGGCCUUUGGGAGCAGCAACAUAGUCUUAACACCCUAGACCGCAGGGGACUGAGCCUUAAUUAUUUUACUCCCUCAUCAGGUAGGCUGCCAGCCAUUCAACACAUGUAUGCACUUUCUCACUUAGUGGGACUGAAGUCAGAGUCGUGUUUUUGUAGAACGUUACUGUCCACCAUGCGUUUAGCAAAGAGAGUUUAUGAACCGUCCUCCAUCCACUGCACGUCGCCCACAAUUUCAACACUGUUUCAACUACAUCAGUCCAAAAGACUCUGAAUUCUAAAUAGCUGCGGCUCAUAUGGUAACACUUUAACCUCCCUGUUUAUCAUCUAUAGGCACUGUAUAUAUGUUUGAUAAAUGGUUUAUAACACACUAUGAAUAUAAUGUAGUUGUAGUUUAUUAAUGUGCAGGAUUUCUUAACAAUCAUAUGACGACAUAUUUUUCUUUAUUACAGCUGUGCUUCCUGACACUGUCAUUAUCUGUUUAUACAUUCCCCUCCACUUAUGGCUGACCACAGGAAGACUUAUAGUUGUUGAAUAAAAUCUAGUAUCUGUUUACAGCUACAUCAUAGUGUGUUGUAAACCAUAUGUGAAAUGUUUAUAUAAUGCAUAUGAAUGUUAAAUAGGGGGGUGUAGCUAGUUGUUUCCCUAAAAUUAAACGUUAUUACAAAUUACAAAACAGAUUUCAGGCAUCAUUUUGAUUUUUGGAUCUUCAAGCUGUUUGAUUUAUUUCAUCACUCUGCAUAUUUUCAGUCUCAUCAGUCCUGUUCACUGGUUAAGAGUCUGAUUCCAUAAAUGUACGUCAGGUGAUGAUAUGUGUUGUAGUUGAUGAUGACUGCCGAGGCUGCUGAUGUUGAUGAAGUUCAGAUUUCGUUCUCAUAAAAUGACCCGAUAAACAUUCUCAUAUCAUUUUUAGCUGGAGUCGUAUGUGUGUGCACGCGCGUGUGUGUAUACGAUCACAACAAAGUAAACUGAUUCCAGAGAAAAUGAUUCAAUUUCCUUUAAUUGUGUUUGACUGAAUAAUAACUGUGAGUACUGUGUGUGUGUGUGUGUGUUGUGGGAGCUGCUUAUGACCUUUCCCCAUAAACUGAAAAUACCAAACUGCUCCCUUUUGUCUUUGUAUGAAUAACUGACGAUGCAGUGACUUCACGCGGCCACUAGGUGCCAGUUGUGCUCUUACAAUACGAGCCCGUAAUGCACCUCCAUGACCCUGAUGGCCUGAUCGAGCCAUGAAUCUUAAAUUAACCCCACUACUCAUUUAGAAGUGAUCUGAGGAUUGAAGUAUGGCUAAAUAAAGGCAGUUGGCCACAAAAGAGAAAAAAAAAAGCACAUGGUGACCAUAUGUGACUCUGGGUAAUCUGUGCAUUCGUCAGCUUUGGUUCCUCCCUAGUUUAUUCUGAUAACAGUCGUGUGUCAGCGAUUUAACUGACUGUGUAUUUUUCAGCAAACUCACUAAAGGAGGUACUCGCAGGUUAACAUUC